AUGAGAUUGCUGGAGAAUACUCACUGGUUAGGUGGUAUUCCAGGGAACCUGUCAGCCGGCACACCGUCGCUGAUUGACCGGGAAUUACCGGACUGCGCAUCUAGACUUGGUCCAGGUUUGAUUCCGUGUUCAACAACCGUUGGAGAGGCAGACUUGUUGAACUUGGGAGAAGAAGGUGACAUAUCCCGACCGACCACUCAGGAUAACAGGCUGCAGCAAGACCGCCAAGAAGUUUGUAGGGUAAUAACCGAACAAAUUGAACGCACUAUUUUGCAGAAUCGACCUACGUACAACCGACCACCAACCGAUGUCCUUCCAUUUACCGUCGACCAACCGCUACCAACAGACCAAACCGAUGAUGACCAUAGACCGUUGAUAACAUCCCCUGAGUCAAGGCGAUUAGCGAGGGAUUUUGCCGAAUCAACAAGGAGAGUUUCAUUUGCGUCAUCUCAUACCGUAACCGCUGGAGUGAGAGAAGUAGGUAGCGAAGUCUCAACGGCCAAGGAAAUCGAACUGACGACCGAAGAUCCGUCGACGAAACCGCCGAAAACUACCAAUUAUUCCGUUCCUACUGUUCCUGUUUGGAAAUGGAGCCUGACAUUUGAUGGGUCGACCAGUGUGACCUCGUUCCUGGAAGAGGCUGAGUAUCUUGCCGAGGCUAGAAAGAAACUGACCGUAAAGCGACCGACCGAGGAAGAGCAGGUGAAUAUCAUCAGACGACGUUUACUGCCAGAAAUACAAACCGCCCUAGCCUUCCAAACGACUUCCACGAUAGAUGAACUGCUCCGGAAGGGAAAAGUUUUCGAAUUGGUCAAAUGGCAAACCGCUAACUAUACUUCGCCACCGAUACAAAAAGGUCUCAUCAACGAACCGCAUCUUACCUUCCGAAAUCCCUCACCGAAGGUCCAACCGAUCGGAAUGCACCUCAGCACACUGUCCGAACCGUCCGAUGAACCGAAACUUGUCCAAAACUCUACAGCACGUCAGAGACAAGAUGAACCGAAAAAUACCGUCCGACCGCCAACCAAAACCCAGUGCUGGAGAUGUGGUGGUAAGGGCCAUCUACGAGUACAGUGUACAUCGAAACCGAUACUUUUCUGCUCUCGAUGUGGCAAGAAGGGUAUAAUGUCCAGAGAUUGUCAGUGUUCGUUACCGAGGACCCCGGUUAUUCCGAAGAAAAAUUUUUCUGAUAACCGUCCUAUAAUUACUGUUGUUAUAGGAGACAAGGAGUUCCAGUCACUCUUGGACACCGGAUCAACCAGGUCCUUCAUCAGCAGUGAAGUGGCUGCUCACUGCAAGGCCGCUGGAAUAAAACCGAAUUAUGUUAGGGACGUUACCACCACCGUCGCUAACGGAAGUUCUAUCCCGAUUAAGGAAAUGUACACAGCACAAGUUCAGGUUGGAUCCGAAAAUAUUGAGGCUACGUGGUUGUUAGUUUCAGAUUUACCGAUCAGUGUAGUACUGGGAAUGGAUGUACUGAGAGCACACGACUUCUCCAUCAACCUCCGAACCGCCGAAUGCUUUCUGAAUGGCAGGUCUCUAAAGGACAAGCCCAUGACUCAGGAAAAGCAGAAUCAGAAUCCGUUACCGUUACCGACCGAAGGAACCAUAUGCCUGACCGAGGACAAUAGCCAGAAUUGGAAAAUCCCUGGAAGUUAUGUGUUCCGAAAGAUGACCGAAGAGAAGUCCUUCUCGAAAACCACGACCGACCGACCGCUGGACACUUGGGAAUAGAAGAAACGAAAUUUCGCAUAGCCCGCAGCUACUAUUGGCCAGGAAUGUUCCGAGAAAUUGCCCAAUAUGUCCGAAAAUGUAGCAAGUGUCACCGAUACAAGGUUCCACAGCAGAAACCGGCAAGAAAUCACUCCUAUGUGGUGGAAGAACCUUGUGAAAAUGACAGAUUCUCCAAAUGGAAGGAAUUUAGGCCCAUGAGAACAGCUGUCCAAAGAGGUGUGUACCAGGCUUCCAAGGAAGAUGGAGUGAAUUCCCCAAAUCAGGAGUCAAUCGGAGAUCCCAG